AUGGUGAGCCUCAAGCGUGGCGGAUUCCGCGGUGGAGGCGUCAAGAAAAGCUACGCUAAGAAACGCUCACCUGAAGACGAAGACGCCACGCCACGCCUCCUCAACAAUAGCGGCAAGCGACGUGUCACAGUAAGCGACUUCAAAGGCAUGACGCUAGUCAGUAUUCGAGAGUACUAUACCAACGAUGCAGGCGAAUUGAAGCCUGGGAAGAAGGGCGUUUCCCUCUCGCUAGACCAGUACAACGCACUCCUCACCACGGCGCCACUCCUCGAAUCUGUUCUUAGCAAGGAAGACUUUGAAGUCAAACGCCCAAACUACGACGCAGACCUAGCUGCAGCAAAGCUAGGUGAGGAGAAGGAGGAAGAACAACAACCUGUCACCGAGGUCGACGAUGUUGAAAAUGAGGCGUGA